AUGGCUUCUUCAUUAAAACCCAAAAUUAAUUAUGAGGUCUUCUUGAGUUUUAGAGGCACAGACCUGCGUAACACCUUCCUUGGUCAUCUCUACAAAGCUUUAUACCAUAAUGGAAUAUACACUUUCGUUGAUAGCGAGGAACUGAGAAAAGGCGACCAAACAUUGCCGACGCUCAUGAAGGCUAUCGAAGAAUCAUGCAUCGCAAUCAUCGUUUUCUCUAAGGAUUACGCUUCCUCGCAGUGGUGCUUGGAAGAGAUGAUGAAGAUUAUGGAGUGCAAGGAGCAAAAGGACCUCACCGUUCUACCAGUGUUUUAUAAAGUGGACCCAAGAGAAGUGAGACAGGGCAGCAAGAGUUAUGGGAAAGCUUUAGCUAAGCAUGAAUCCAAGUUCGGGAAGGAUUCGGAAAAAGUGAAGCGAUGGAAGAAAGCUCUUUUCGAUGCCGGUAGCUUGUCCGGGUGGCAUUUUAAUGAUGGGUAA